CCAGAGACAUGGAUUUUGGGAUUGGACACAUUAUUGUGGGAAUGACUCAAGCCAAACUUGCAUCUGAUUCUUAAUCAGUCCUCUGUUGUUGGAUAUAUAAUGCCGGAUUACUCAAGACGAUGGAGUUGAAUUAUGCUUUCAUAAGUGAAAACGGGAAGGAAGUGGAUAAAACUUUGGACUGGAGUUACGUAGACUGGCAUGAAAAGAAAACGGUCAGAGAAACAGAUGCACAGACCCAAACCCAAUGCGUACAAAGUAAGGACAAAGACACACAAACUGCUAGUCCUUUCAUAAUGCGAAUAGAUUUAGGAAGGACCCCCUCCAGACUGAGGUACGGUUCCCUUACAGAGUCUGACCGCAUGCCUCCACACUUAUUUCAGUUUGACAGACAAGCCCCGGCCCGCAUCUCCACAUCUCCCACUCUGAGGAGGAUGAGGAGCACGAGAAUCUUCUACAGAGAUCCAAGCAAGUCAGACGGUCCUUUAGGAGAGGAGCCUCCCACUCCCACGAGUCCCCUUCCUCCAUUAUUCCAGCAGAAAUCUCCACUGGUGGUUCAGUCGGAUGGAGAGAAUGGGAACUUUGAAUCUUCAGUGAUUUAUGGGACAAUUAGAUCACACAGAUCAAAGACCCUUGACAAUGGCGUAAUUUGCAAAAGCAAAGAGUCUCAUGAUUCAAAAGAGCCAGUUUCUGAUGAUAAUGAGAGCACAACCAAUGACAAUGACCAGGUCAAGGAUCCCUGUCAUAAAAGGAUGCAGGAGAGGAGGCGGAGCUCCGUGGUUGUGAGUCUUCCUGGAUUGGAUGUUUCUCCUGGAGAUUUGUUCGUGUCCAAUGGCGUUGCUGAUAUUUUAAAUAAGUCAGCCUAUUCAGACACUAAGAAAUCAAAGUGGCCUUUCUCGAGGCGUAACACACAGACAAAAGGGAAGACUCGCAUUGACAACUGUCUGGCUGGCAUUCAGAUCCAGGAAUGGCGAGACACAGACUUUCAGACAUAUAAGGAUAUGUCUUUGGAGGACUUUUUGAGAGGUCACUCUGAACUGGGAGCAGUGGAGAAUCCAAAAGCCUACCGUAAACAGGAAGCCAUUUGGGAGCUUUUCACCAGUGAAUGCGUCUACUUCCUCGAUCAGCUCAUGGUUUUAAAAGAGGUGUUUUUGACCACACUAACAGACCUUCAGAUGAGAGAGUGUCUUCAAGACAUUGACUCCUGGAGGCUCUUUGCAAAUCUCAAUGAGCUCUGUCUGGUUAGCUUUGGCUUCCUUACUAGCCUCUUGCAUGUCAUUAAGGAGAUGUGGACAAAUCCAGACAGCUAUAGUACUCAAUCUCUUCUUGAACUCCUAAAAAAGGCGUUUGGUGACAGUAUUUGCCAUUGUCUACAAAAAUACUGCCUGAAUUACAGUACGGCCAUCCUUUAUCUGGACAGCCUGAAGCUCAGGGAGGACUUUGGCUCUUUUGUGAAGUGGUGUGAACGAAACGAGCAGUGCCGCAGGCUGCAGCUGAAGGAUCUGCUGGUGGUUCCUCUGCAGAGGUUUACACGGUACCCUCUGCUGUUGAGGAACAUAGGGAAAAAGAGUUGCUCGGAGACCGAGGAGAACACCAUACAGACCAUCGUGGAUCUCGUUGACAGAGCCAUCUAUGAUCUUGACGGAAAAGUGAAGUGGUUAGACAACUAUCAGAAGGUGAAGCAGCUGAAGGAAGCUCUGGUGUGGCUUCCUGUUUGGGAGCGAGACAAGAGGGCGCAUGUUCCUGAGAAUCUGAAGCACUUGCUAAAAGCUGUAACCCUUGAGAACCUGGUGUCUCAUCGUAGUCUUCUGCACGAUGGGAAGCUUGUUCUCAUAGAAAAUGCAAAGAUGCAUGAGGUCUACCUGUUUCUAUUUGACGAAUUCCUUCUAAUCACGAAGCUCAAGCGAAGCAAAAAGAGGUCUGGCGUGGUGGAGUCGAGCCCCCUGCGUUCGGCUGCGGGCCAAGAGCUUGAGCUCUUAUUACAGGAGAGCUGUAGCUUCAUUGUCCUGGACCAGCCUAUCUCUCUGGACCGCCUGCAGUUAAAGAACAUAGACCAGCUCAACGCCACAGCAUCCGGUCUGCCCAAUUCCUUCAUAAUAAUGCACCAGAAUCGUUACCAGCAGUGCAUCGGUGUCUUCAUUCUGCAAGCCCAGACUGAAUCUGUGAAGAAAGCGUGGGUGUCGGAGAUUGAGGAUGCCACCAAUUCUCUGCUGAAGCAGGACUGUCAGCAGCCGCGGGUUAAGAACUCUUUUCUGGAGUCUUCACAGAUCUAAUUUACACAGAGACUUUCAAGAGAACUUCCCCAAGAGUGCCAAUGAACCAACAAAGUUAACCCAAAAAUGAAAAUUCUGUCAUCGUUUACUCCCCUUCAUCUUAUUCCAAAUAUGACAGGCUUUUACUUAAGAAUGUCUGUUCGUUUCCAUACAGUAAAGUAGGACUGAAGCUGUCAAGCUCUUAAAAGGACAGAAAUCACCAUGAAAGUAUUCUUGUCUUCUGUAUGACUCAAAUUGUGCAAAACGUCUCUUUUUAUGUCCUAGAAAGAAAACCAUGAGUGUUUGAAACUUCUUUUUUUUUUGCUAAAAAUGGAAAUACAUCACCACUGUAACAGUAGUAACACCGUUUAAAGGGGUCAUAUGAUGUUGCUAAAAAUAACAGUAU